GUGGGGGUGUGGGAGGCGGUGCGGCACAACAGCGGGGUUGUUCCCUUAUGCCUCAGCUCCUGCUUCGGUCCUUCACGGGGAGUUGAGAGCCAGGACCCGGCGCGUAUUUCGCAGAUGGAUCCAGCUAACAGGAGGUGAAUCGUGCUGUUUAUCUCUAGCAACAGUGCCCGGGUGGCUGCAGUCCAGUCGUAGGAAGAAGGACGUAGGGGUUCGCAGAGUAAACAUCCUUCAUCUUGACUCAUGCUCACAAAGAUCUCUUUCUCAUCAUCAAUCUCCCGACUCGGGUGGAGACCGAAGUAGGGGUUUGGAUGCAGCCUGUGUGUUGGCUGCUGUGCCUUGGCGUGGCAGGGGCGUUUGCUGUGCUGCAGAAGGAACAGGUGGCCCAGCACGCCAUCAAGCUUUAUCGGAGCAAAGGGGCGCCACGUGGCCACACCUGGGUGACCAGCAACUGCAAGCGGCUGGUGGGCCUACUACGUCAGAAGAACGUGGUCGUCAGGAAGCUGGCAGCCGCCGCAGAUGCAGUUAGACGAGACCAGACCCUUUCAGGGGCGGAGCGACUCUUCCAGGUUCACACUCUGGAAAUUUUCCAGAAAGAGAUGAACGAGAGCGAGCACCUGGUCUUUCAGGCGGUGCACGGCCUACAGAGGGCGCUGCAGGGAGACUACAGGGAUGUGGUCAACAUGAAGGAGAGCAGCAGACAGAGGCUGGAGGCCCUCAGGGAGGCCGCGAUAAAGGAGGAACAGGAGUAUGUGGAACUGGUGGCUGCUGAGAAGCACCAGCAGGAGGCUGUCAAGAGCGCCUUAGCCCAGAAUAAGACUCUGUCCAUGCUGGAUGAGAUCCUGGAGGACGUCCGGAAGGCAGCAGACCGGCUGGAGGAGGAGAUCGAGGAGCACGCCUUCGACAACAACAAACAGAUGAAAGGAGUGAACGUAGAGGCGGUGCUGAGAGUGGAGGAUGACGAGGAGAACGGAGGGAAGAGGAAGAACAAGUCCAAGCAGCAAAAGGAGGUGGAGGACGAGAUGGGACUGAGCAUGCUCAUCGACUCGCAGAACAACCAGUAUGUCCUGACCAAACCCCGAGACUCCACCAUGCCCAGAGCAGACCCUCACUUCAUCAAGGACUUGGUGUCUGUGGUGAUGCUGUCGCUGCCCUGUGGUUGGAUCUGCUCUCUGGUCGGACUUCCUCCCAUGUUUGGAUAUAUCAUCUGUGGGGUCCUGCUAGGUCCCUCUGGCCUCAACAGCAUCAAGUCUAUGGUCCAGGUGGAGAGUCUUGGGGAGUUGGGUGUGUUCUUCACUCUCUUUGUGGUGGGAUUGGAGUUCUCACCUGAGCGACUUCGAAAGGUAUGGAAGACAUCGGUCCAAGGGUCUUGCUUUCUAAGUCUGCUGAUGAUUGGAGCCGGUUUGGUGUGGGGACAAGUCCUGCGCAUUCGACCCGGCCAGACUGUCUUCAUUUCCACUUGCCUCUCCCUGUCCAGCACCCCGCUAGUGUCUCGCUUCCUGGCCGGGGGAAGCAGAGGGGACAAAGAAGGCGAUUCGGACUACAGCAGCGUUCUCCUGGGGAUGUUAGUGAUGCAAGAUGUUCAGCUCGGCCUCUUCAUCGCUGUCAUGCCGACUAUGACCCAGGCGCAGAGUGGAGACUUGGACAGCUUCCUGUUGGGAAGUCUCCGCGUGCUUUACCUCCUGGCCCAGGUCCUGGUCUCUCUGGCUGCUGUGCUGCUGCUGUGUUUGUUACUCAAAGCAUUCCUCAUUGGUCCGUAUUACAAGAAACUGCAUGCUGAGAGCAAAGGCAACAAGGAGAUCCUCGUGCUGGGGAUGGCAGCUUUUGUCUUUUUCAUGCUGACGGUGACUGAGUUUUUGGAUGUUUCAAUGGAGCUCGGCUGUUUCCUGGCUGGAGCCCUGCUGUCCACACAGGGCCACAUUGUUACCACGGAGGUCAUGGGAUGCAUUGAGCCGAUCCGAGAUUUCCUCGCCAUCAUCUUCUUCGCCUCCAUCGGUCUCCACGUGUUCCCGACAUUCGUGCUGUAUGAGCUCACUAUCCUGCUGGCGCUGACCCUCACACUUGUCAUUAUGAAGUUCGGGAUGGCCGUCCUGGUCCUGUCGGCCAUCUUGCCUCCGGGCUCUCGACACAUACGUUGGAUUGUCUCAGCCGGUCUCGCUCAGGUCAGCGAAUUCUCCUUCGUGUUGGGCAGCCGCGCACGUCGUACUGGCAUCAUCUCCAGAGAGGUGUACCUGCUGGUUCUCAGUGUCACCACCCUCAGCCUGCUGCUGGCCCCGGUGCUGUGGAGAGUAACCACACACAGGUGGGUCCCCCGGGCCGAACGCAAAACCGUCACAUGACCGACAACCUUCUUCAGGGACAAAAGAGUUAAAAUAUUCAUUGAAAUGGAGAACACUUGGUUCGCAGUUUACUGGAGGGACACACGUACAUAAUAUUAAUUCUGAUGUCUUUAAUGCACCUAAUCUUGCCUUAUGAAGGAAAUCAUCAAAAAUGUUCUCUAUCGAAUUUACUUUUUUUGUGUUGAUUCUGCACUUUGAACACCAUAUUGCGUUAUUCCUUGCAACAAUCACAGGGACCAAAUCUGAAAUGAUUUAUUUUCAUAGGUACAUUUCUUUUCUGUAUAUAUUUUCUCCAUUUUACUUAUAUUUGACCAUCUCACAUUACUUUUCUUUGGUCUUAAGCGAAAUGUUGAAAGGCUAUAACGGUCUUAAUUUACUAAUUGUUUGGGCCCUUUAUUUUCUGUUCAAAUAAUACAAAGUGAGCCGCUAGUAAAAUAAAUAAACUGCUUGUCACAAUGUAUUUACUGAUGUCACAUUUAAAGGUAAAUCCUGCACUACUUACCAUUGAAUGUCAAACUGUGUGCCUGCUAAAUGCUGCUCUGCGGUAUCCCCCGCUGUAAAUGUCCUUAUAUCGAUACUGAUAAUGAUAUUAUAAUGAUAUUGAUAAUGACCAUGACACUUCCCGGCAAAAAUAAUAAUAAUAAAUGAUGUU